AUGGGACAAUUCAUCAGAACCACCGUGUCUCCGUCGCUCUAUGUCCGAUCAAAGCUCCUCUGUUUCUCACUUCUCUACUUAUUCACCACACUUUUUCUUUUCCUCUACGUUUCUCUCUCAAGAAACCAAUGUGUGUUUCGAUAUUCACCGUUCGAUCCGAUCCAAACAAAGCUCUUCUCUUAUCCUUCUUCUUAUGGUGAACACAAAUACGCUCUUCCCACUCAUAGAUCUUCUUGUUCUUCCCCUGUUUUCUUCUCAGAUUACUGGACAGUGUUGAAGGAGAUACAAAGUCUCUGUAGCGACUCAUCAUCGCCGGAGAAUUUGAGUUACAUUAAUGGAAAAAGUGAAACAUUUGGUGGAAAUUUCAGUACCCAAAAGAGAUUUUCUUAUUUCAAUCAUUCGGAAAACGACGUCCAAGUUCCAUGUGGCUUCUUCAGAGAAUUUCCGAUCAGCAACUCCGAUAGAGCUGAGAUGGAAAAAUGUGGACUAGUAGUUGCAUCAGCCAUUUUUAACGACCAUGACAAAAUCAGACAACCAGUGGGACUCGGAGUUAAAACCCUAGAAGCCGUUUGCUUCUACAUGUUCAUCGACGAUAAAACCCUAAACUCUCUCUUACACCACAAUGUCAUCCCUAAAAACAAUCCAGGAGACUAUAGAGUCGGUGCAUGGAGGAUCAUCAAAACCACAAAAUCCGAAAACCUAUACCUUAAUCCGGCUAUGAACGGGGUCAUACCAAAGUAUCUAAUACAUAGAUUGUUCCCAAACUCAAAGUUUAGUAUAUGGGUCGACGCAAAAAUCCAGCUCAUGAUCGAUCCGCUACUUCUGAUCCAUUCGAUGUUAGUGGUUCCUGAUGCUGAUAUAGCCAUCUCUAAACAUCCGUUUUUUGUAAAUACAAUGGAGGAGGCUAUGGCUACUGCGAGGUGGAAGAAAUGGGGAGAUGUCGACGGGCUAAGGAUGCAGAUGGAGACUUAUUGUGAGCAUGGUUUGAAGCCUUGGAGUUCUCAUAAGUUGCCAUACCCAACAGAUGUACCAGAUAGUGCGUUAAUACUGAGAAGGCACGGAGUAAGAAGCAACCUAUUCUCGUGCUUCAUGUUCAACGAGUUAGAAGCGUUUAACCCGCGAGACCAAUUGGCAUUUGCGUUUGUGAGGGAUCACAUAAACCCUAAGGUUAAGAUGAACAUGUUUGAGGUCGAAGUGUUUGAACAAGUAGUUGUUGAAUAUAGACACAAUCUCAAGAAGACUGAGACAUCUCCAUACGAGGAACAAGAAGACGAGCAAAAACAAAAAUCGUUAAGGACGAGACAGAAGGAAAAAAGAUGGUUAGAUCAUGAAUCUUGGUCUCUCAAUAGUAGUAGUUGUAGGAGUUAUCUCAUGGAGAUGUGGGGGUGA